ACUAGCUCUCCACAUAGAUAUACUUCCGAGAAAUGCUUGACGUUUCUGCACGUGGGCUGGGUGGUAUUGCGUAAAAAGGAAGGUGCAGGUCUGACCCUGACACAUCAAUUGACCAGCAAUGGGGAAGACAACCAGGAAAGCAACUCGAGUGGGACAUCUGGAAGAUCAAGUUCCCAAAAAGCUUAAAGCUUGCCUUAAGCCAGAAAGGUCUAAAAAGGUUGGGGGGAAAUCCUUCCCUGUUGCGGAUCCAACUGAAGGGAGGAAAUCCAAACGAGAAUUGCAAGGAAUCAUGGUGAAAUGGGAACGUCGCAGGCUGGCUUCUUCAAAGACAGAAACAAAGUCUUCUGGAAAAGUUAAAGACGGCUUGUUACGAAAGGGUUCCAGUAAGAAGAAGAAGAAAAAGUCGAGACUUCUCUCCUCUCAGCCUGAGAUAGUGACAUCUUCAAACACUACAGAUCCAUCCAAGGAGUGUAUUUGGGAAGUAGACCCAUCCUCCUCAAGUGACAAUGGUGUUAAGACUGCCACAAAAUGCGGGAGAAGGAACCCUACCUCGGAGGCUGUAUCAAAAUUUGGUGGUGCAUCGGUUCAUGAUUCGCCUUGCAUUACCAUCGUUGAUCUCGCCCCAGGCUUUAGAUUUGGCACUCACCAAGCGGUUAGUCUACCCUUGACAGUGGGCCAUGUCGCUAAGGGUAAAAAACAGAAAGCUUCUGGUAAGAGUAGUACUGACAUAGCAGUUCUUAAGAACCCAGCUGGUAAAAGACAAAGUAAUCUCAACGAUGGAAGUGACGAUGACAACAAAUUUGAAAAUGGAAUGUCAGAUGGGAAAUUCCAUUCACAGCUUAGGCCAAUGGACAGUGUGUUUGUUGUAGAACUCGGUACUUCUGAUCGUACUAGUACCACCAAAGUUGCACAGUCAGUUGUAACAAAUGUCCAAAUGAAAUCUAUCAAAGAGUUGUGUCACGGUAAAGGAGAGUUUUCAUCUUUGAGGCAGAUUCAGAAUGAAUUCCAAAGAGAGGAAACUUCGCCUGAUGGAGGAGAGUCAGAAGUUGUGAUUCCCACAGAGAAGUCAAGAAAACGUAAAAAAAGAAAAUCUUCCGCUGGGAAAAGGGGAAAGGGAGAAGAUUGUGGUAGCGUAGACUCUCCAAGAAGUGAAGAUGCAGUUAAAGAGAAAGCUAAUCAAUAUAUUGCAGGAGUAACAACAAGUGACAAAAAGUCCAAAAAGUCAUCUCGUGGACUCCCAGAUGAGCCGAAAGAGAACUGUAGCAAACCUGAAGGGUCUGGCCUUCAGAGAAAUGAAGAUGAAAUCAACAUUGAAGAUCUUGAGUCUGCUGCCCCAAGUGAUGAAGCAGGGAAAAGGAAGACCAAAAGGAGAAAAAAGUCACAUGAAGCAAGUUCUGUCAAAGAUGAAACAUUGGACAAAACACCCCAGGAAGAAACUACUAAAGAAGGUAGCCUCGGCAAAGAAAUCCAUCUGGAGGAAGAGGUACUCGACCCGAUUGAGGUGGAUGAAGGAGCUCCUGAAGAAACAGACAGUCCUUUGCAAGAUGAUGACGAAACGCCAUCUGAAACGGAUUUAGAUCUGACUAUGGAAAAUAGCGGAGAAUCUUCAGACAAUAUCGUCUCAUCUGAGACUCCCUUGGAUGGGGAAGAACUUCAGGAUGUCAGUCCAAGUGUCGAAAGAGACAAUAGUUCCUACAGAAUCAUUAAGCUUAGAAACAGCGACCAGUGCCUCGCCUUGCUCUCUUGUUCAAGUCAGCUUGCGUUCCAUGGUAGGGUGCUCGUUCGUUCCAUUCACGGUUCAGUCACCGUGUUGGGAUUUCCCAUAUCAGCAAGUCGGGAGUACUACCCUCUUUACUCUCCAAGCAGCUCCUGUGCACUGUGCCUAGAGACUGCAUCAGGAGGCAGGACCUACCAGCUCGGUAGCCCCACUACGCUCCUCCAGGACGUGGAAGCAUUUCUUAGGGAAGAGGAUGAGCCUGCAAUAGAACAGACGCUCCAGGGACAGGAAGGUUUUGUUGUUGCUCUAAUUCUCAAGACGAUGCCAGAGGACACUUCUGUCGAUUACGUUGAGCGCUUUCCAGGUUUCAAGAAUAUUUUCAGUUCACCUGAAAAUAGAGAGUGUUUUCAAGAAGAUGUCGACCAAGCAUCAAGCCUUGAAGCAGCCAGAGCUGUUGGUUUUCAGCCUCUAACCCCAGGGACUCCUCACUCUACUUUCAGCCCCCUUCCUGGCUACCAGACUGUCAUCCAGGCAAUCCAACGAUGGCAGAGUCAUGCACCAGAUGUCCCACCGGUCGUUUUAAUCUGCGGCUGGAAGAAUUCAGGAAAGUCGACUCUCUGCCGUUACCUCUCCAACUCUCUAAUAGCCAGGUUGGAAAGUGUUUGUUACCUGGAAUUUGACGUGGGCCAGACAGAAUUUACACCUCCCGGGAUGUUGUCUUUGCAGCGUAUUACUGAGCCUGUCUUAGGGCCACCUUUCACUCACUCAAGGGCAGCUGAGAGGAUGUGUUUCUACGGCGAUGUUCAUGUUCAUGCGAAUCCGGACUCCUAUCUCAAGAUAUGCAAGUAUCUGAUGCAGGAGUACCAGACUAAUCACAGACACCAGCCUCUCAUCAUCAAUACAAUGGGAUGGAUGCAAGGACUCGGUCUUCAGCUGUUAGUAGAUAUCAUUCACAUGACUCAACCUACUCAUAUUGUCCAGCUGUGGUCUCCUGCUCAACCCCGUGUCAUCCAACGUAUCACGCAGACAUUUCUUGAACAUACGUCAGGCUGGCUGCACCAAUCAGAAGAAGGGAAUGGCACUAUGAUGACGCAGUUUCCUGAAGUACUGGAGAUUGACGUUCCAAGCAUUGCUGACAAAGGAUGUGCCAAGUUCAAGGCCUCUGACCAUCGCACCAUGGCCCUCUUAGCUGGUCUUAGUAAACUGCAGCCCUCGCCGCUGCCACAAACCCCUGUCGUGCUGUCUGCCUUGAUCCCGUUGGUGUUGCCGUGGAGAUGUGUCGCUGUUCACGUCACCAAUGGCCAUGUUCCACUGAAGCAGAUCAUGUAUGCUUUGAAUGGGAGCGUUGUUGGCUUAUGCCAAGCAGAUCCUUCAGAGAUGUGUGUUGUGUUGAAAGAUCACCCAAAAGUGUUCAAGUCCACUCCAGUGUGCCAGUGUCAUGGACUGGGAAUAAUCCGAGGAAUCGACCCCGUGCAGAAAGUCUUCUACAUUCUAGCGGCAAUUUCCAAGGAUGCAUUGCCAGAGGUCAAUGCCCUUUUCAGGGGAGCCCUGUCUUUGCCUCAACCGCUUCUGACGCAGGGACAACGUAUAGCAGAUGUUCCUUACGUCUCUCGUGAGUUCUCCUCAGUCAUCAUCGGCUCUGGAGCCAUCAAAGUACGCCGGAAUAUCAAACAAAGAGGCCGUUGAGAUCCAAGUGGAGUAGACUGUCAAUAUGGAGCAGCCAUCUUUCUUUUCUUUUCUUUUCUUUUCUUUUUUCAAUCAUUCAAAUUAGUGUAUAUCGGUAACCCAAAUGAGGCUGGCAGUAUAGUCGGACCCCUUUUGGUUUGGGUAAUGGUGGUUAUUGUAGUCUUGGUUACUAGGAAAAGAUUGUGGCCAUGUGGUUUAAGUCUUGUUACUGUGUCCAACCCAAACCUCUUCAAUAAUUAUUGUCUCUCUUUAUGUCUCUCGUCACUUUCUAGUGAGUGAGGCAUAGUCCAAUAACCAUUAUUUCUUUUUUCUUUUCUUGUUUUUUUUUCCCGUGGGAUGGUCUGUUGAAAUUAGCACUUGGCUAUCCCAAUGGGAUAUUAUACUUGUUUUUUUCAUGGGGAACUCCAAAAAAUUCAAAAAAAAGGGGGUGCUGUACUUUCAGGCUGAUCUCUAUUAUAUUGAAAUGUUGGUUUUUGUAGAGUGUUGGUUCGGGUCCCAAUCAAGGCACUUGAGGAAGUAUGCCCAAAUAUGGGGGCAAAGGGUACCACCUUCUUAAUGUUCCCAAACUUUAACACGCUAUUUUAAACUAUUCCUCUUGCACAAGAACUCCCCUAAAAUUUCUCAACAAAAUUCCCGAAACUUUAAGCUCACAAAGUUCUGAAAGCUACCAUGAUGUCUAAUAGAACUUAAACAUUCCUAUCGAAGGAAUAAACUACAAAGUAAAAAUUAAAGUCUUGAAGGCAAAUUAAACCUUUGGUUUUUGGAACCGGUCGAUUGUUUUAAAUCCUUAAUAAAUGUAGAUGUAUACAAUAAAACUAACCUGUGAAAAUUUCAUUACAAAAGGUGGGCUUGUUGUUGAGAUUUUGCCGGAAAUCCGGAGUGCAUAUGGCCAUAUACAGGAAAAUUAUUUCACAUUAUGAUUUUCGGGCAUCAAAACUGAUUAUUAUUAUUACUUUUUACUAAUAACCACAUCACUUUGAAGUGAAAUGUUUCUCAAA